AUGUUUGCAUGUUUUUCUAGGGUUGGACUUAGUGCAAAAGAAGUUCCACGCCAAUCUAAAGCUAGACAGUCAAAUGACCCUGUUGAAAGGAGGUUAUAUACCAAGUUGGAAGCCGGAAAGGGAAGAGCUGAUGAAAGUUUUGAGGAUUCCAUUCUACGUGCUAGGGAUGGUAAUGAGGAUGAUGACAGUAGUGAGGAAUCAGAAAGCAGAACCAGCGCAUUUGCAAAGAAGAGACCAGGUCCUCUUGCUCCAUCUCUACAGCUCUUAAGUGAACCUAGGGCAUGCUGGGGUGGGAGGUUUGGUAAGAGAUCAUAUGGGAAACUUGAUUCAGGGUUUUUCCCAUCAGAUUCAGUGGAAUCUAUUAGAGUUCUGCAUGUUCUAAGGGAUGGCAACCAAAGUUGCGAAUUUCUAGCUUGUAUUGGAUCUAGAAAUCUGGAUAUCCUGCAAGUUUGGGAUAGCUCCCCUCCUGGUUUACAGGUUCAUCUUCAAGCUGAUGCUGUGGGGAUAGCCUUUGCCCUCUAG